UGGUUUAGCCGCGCGCGAGUACUGCGCUAUAGGAGGGAUUCAAAUUUCAAACGUCAACGCGAACGUCAGCGCGUGCCGCGUCGGACGGAUUCCCACGCACAGCUCGAGUGACUUGUUCUUGGUUAUUUGCGAUUCCGCAACAUUGAUACAUAUCUAUUCCCCGAAACCGUUCGCAGUCGGCCGAAAGUCCGUUGGAACGUCUGUUUUGCAGAAUUCAUUGCAGAAUCCGGCCAGACUGUAAAAUGGAACUGUGAUUUCGUUGCAGCUGUCCCCCUCCUUCAUCCCCCCUCCUCGCCCUCGCCCCGGCCCAAUUUUUGUGUAAAGUUCAAAUUUCCGCCGUAUCAAACAAGUAAAUUUGAGUCAGUGCGGUGUGAAGAGCUCUACGAAAACGGAGGAAGGCGAAAGAUGCGAUCCAGGCCGACAGCGUCGUUCGGGGUCCUCUCAUUCCGACGUAUUUCCCACUUGUUUUGCAGCGAGCUCUGAUCGUUAGAAGCGUUUAAUUACAAGUCGAACCGUGCUGACGGGUUGAAACUUGUAUAAUACAGCGACAGUUGGCCGCCCAGUCGUAGGUACGGCUCCGUUAUAAUCUUGUGAACUAUCAACCGUGGAGGAACGGCGCAGCGCUGUGGUGAGCUUUAUUAAUACGGACGGGAACUUUUCGCAGUGUUGAGAGUGUGUUUUCAGGUUUGAUGUUUAACUUGAGCUUGAGCGCAUUGUGUCCGUCAGGUUAAAGGCCUGCUGGUUAAUCGUGUAAUAAAAGUUAACAAUAAGGAUUCAAGCCGGAGUUGAUUCUGCAAAAGUGCAGUUCUCGGCCUUGUGGUGCGCGCUGGAAGGUGGACACGGAAGUGAAACGAAUCAAAGAUGCUAAAUGUGUUACCGGAUUUCCGAGAAAAUAUUUGACUUCGUUAAGAGUGCAGUGAAAAACGAUAUUGCGGUGCGGCGUCGCGUGUCCCUGACGCAAUAUUACUUUGACAAGGUAGACUUAUGGGCGCAUCGGUCGAACGCCUGCGCUAUUACUUUUGUGAACUCUGACGGGAAGCGCGAGGAUUGCAGAUUUUUCCGAGAAAGAGAAAAUUCACCGGAAAUAAUACUUCGAUAAGUACAUGUGGCGUGAAACAGUGAUGAUAACGGUGAACGGAUAGACGAUUUGAAACGCGUUCCACGAUGGCGUGCAAGAACUGGGUGCUCGUCCUUCUAGGGGUUUCGCUCGCUGCCGCAGCUUCGACGAGAUCGGGAACAUGGAUAAACGUAGGCCUGCAGGGUAUACGCCAGUUAGAGGCGAUGAGAACGACGGAGUUGUACGAGGUGGGAGCAUCGCCACUUUGCGCGAACUUGAACGGUCUCUCUCCAGGGCAGGGGAGGCUUUGCCAGCUCUAUCAGGAUCACAUGGCCGGUGUGGCACGAGGCGCGAGAGCCGGAAUCGCCGAGUGUCAGCACCAAUUCCGUGACAGAAGAUGGAACUGCUCGACAGUCGAGGAUGGGACGGUCUUCGGUCCGGUACUCGGAAUCGCCAGCAGAGAAACGGCGUUCGUCCACGCCAUGGCUGCCGCUGGUGUCGUAUACUCCAUCAGCCGUGCCUGCAGGGAUGGCCAGCUGUCGUCCUGCGGAUGCUCGAGGAGCGGACGCCCGAGGGAUCUUAAUCGAGAGUGGAUCUGGGGCGGCUGUGGCGACAAUCUCGAGUACGGUUACAAGUUCACUCAGGGCUUUGUCGACGUUCGGGAACGCGAACGAAGCUACAAAAGGGGCAGUCGAGAGCAGGGCAGAAGUCUUAUGAAUCUUCACAACAACGAGGCUGGCCGUAGGGCAGUUGUAAAGAAAUCAAAGGUAACCUGCAAGUGCCACGGUGUCUCUGGAAGCUGUAGUCUCAUCACGUGUUGGCAGCAGCUCGCCUCCUUCAGGGAAGUCGGUGAUUAUCUGCUGGAUAAAUACGACGGGGCAACCGAAGUCCGAGUAAACAGAAGGGGACGUCUCUCGAUCCGAGACCCACGCUUCACCCUCCCGACCGCCAACGACCUGGUCUACCUCGAAGACUCGCCGAAUUUUUGUCUCAGAAAUCUGAGCAUGGGAUCCCUAGGCACCCAGGGGCGAGUGUGCAACAGAACGUCGGCCGGUAUGGACGGAUGUAAUCUUCUGUGCUGCGGAAGGGGUUAUAACACUCAGAAGACGAUAGUGAGGGAAAGGUGCGAGUGCAAGUUUCACUGGUGUUGUUUUGUCGAGUGUAAGACAUGCGUAAAGAGCGUCGAUGUGCACACGUGCAAGUAGCUGCGGUGCCGUUAUUACGAUCAGGGUGUCAUUUUAGCAAUUCAUCCGCCAGCGAAGAUUAUAAGCAAAGUAAUUCAUAAAACGACGCGAAAUGUUUUAAGCAUCGGUUAUGCAGCGUACCGUCUUGUUUUUGUUUCAUUGAACUCACUGGAACGAAAUUUGGCGAGCGUUUAAAUAUACGCGAGAUGUAUCUUCUUUUAAAAGUAUGAUGUCACACUAUUUAUUGUAUUCUUGCCAACUAGUACGAGGUACACAUUAAACAUCGUACGUGGUGCAUACGCAAAAAGAUGGCGUACGAUGACUAAGAAAUCUCAGCACAGUAUUUAAUUAAUCUAGACUUUAUAGAAUAUUUCCAAUUUAUAUGUAGAGUUAUCACUAAUUAUACAUACCACGACGUUUUUCAAUCAAAGUAUAUCAUUGAACGGAUGGGGAUUGAUCGGUUAUUCAAAUUCUGUGUAGAGAUCUUUAUGAUCAACAAAAA